CGCCAGCUGAAGGAGCACCUCGCCAUCGACGUGUACGGGGCACGGGGGCUGGCGCUGGCCGAGGGCGGCGUGGUGGAGACCGUCUCAGCCUACAAGUUCUACCUGGCCUUCGAGAACUCCCAGCAUACCGACUACAUCACUGAGAAGCUCUGGAGAAACGCCUUCGCCGCCAGCGCCGUGCCCGUCGUUCUAGGACCCCGCAGGGCCAACUAUGAGCGCUUCAUCCCCCCCGACUCCUUCAUCCACGUCGAUGACUUCCCCAGCCCGCGGCUGCUGGCCACCUACCUGAAGUUCCUCGAUAAAAACAAACCCAACUACAGGAAGUAUUUUGCCUGGAGGAAGAAAUACGAGGUCCACGUCACCUCGUUCUGGGAUGAGCAUCUCUGCAAGGUUUGCAAGGCCGUGAGGGCAGCCGGGAAUCAAAUCAAGACUGUGCGAAACCUGGCCAGCUGGUUUGAAAGCUGA